AGGCGCGCCGCGCCUGGCCUUGUGGCGGCCGCAGAGGCGGAACAAUUGCACCGAACUCGAAGACCUUCACCUGCACCGGCGACUCCGAGGCGGCAGGCCCCGAGCGGGGCCGCUCACCCGGGACCCCAGCGAGAUGCACCCGGCGACGCCGUCGACAGGCCACGACCCACAAGGCAACAGCCGCCCUUCGACUUCGCCGAGCCAGACCGCGUGCAGCUGGCAGGGGGACCUUGCCCUGCAGCAGGCGCCGUUCCAGGGCGACGAGAGGCUGCUGCAGGCCAGGCAGCGGGCGAAGGACUCCAUGGAGGCCCUCCAGCUGGAGCUCCGGGGCUUCGGGGGCGCCGUGUCGGUGAGGUACGCCUCGUGGCCGCCGGACUGCCGGGUGGAGGUGUCUCUGGGCGACGCGGAGCUGGGCGAGCGGCACCUCGCCGGCCGCGGCUCCGACGCGUCCUGGGGCGGCGCCGGGCCCGCGGGGCCCAGCGGGGGCGCCUCCCACCUCCGCGGCCGUUUCGUGCGGCACGACGCAGCGCAGGACACCAUCGAGGUGCGGCUGCGCGACGGGUCAACGCGGGUCGUGCCCGCGAAGCGGGUGCGGCGCGCGGCCCGCGGCUCGCCGGGUGCCGGCGCCUCUCCCGCUGCCGCCUCCACGGGGCCUGGCAGGCCUUUGUCGCCCACUUGCCUGAGCUGAGGCGUGCCGGGGUACGCCUCGCACGGGGGAGCAAACGAACUGUAGUGUGUAUCGGGGGAUACUGUGAUGAUCAAGGCGCGCGCCACAGCUGAGGACAGCCGCGCCCGCUGGGCCGCUGGCCGCAGCUCGCGCGCGCGCGCAGCGUCUCACGCCGGAGGCGGGCGGGGGA